CCGGGAGCCCGGCCUCUGCCUCCGAGGAGAGAUGAAUACGGCCCUAACCCGGGUGGGCCCCGCGGCCGAGCGGCCCGCGCCGCCCGAGGAGGUGGAGGGCUCUGAGGCGGUCGGGAAGGAGCCGGCGGCGGACGCGGCCCCAGGGCCCAGCACGGCGUUCCGCCUCCUGGUGACUCGGCGGGAGCCGGCGGUGAGGCUGCAGUACGCGGUGAGCGGCCUGGAGCCGCUGGCGUGGUCCGAGGACCACCGCGUGUCGGUGUCCACGGCCCGCAGCAUCGCCGUGCUGGAACUCAUCUGCGACGUGCACAACCCGGGCCAGGACCUGGUUAUCCACCGCACGUCGGUGCCCGCGCCUCUCCACAGCUGCUUCCUCAAAGUUGGCUCAAAAAGGGAAGUUGCUGAGUGUAAACAGAGAUUUGCCACCUCUGAAGACCCCACAGUCAGUCAGACUUUCAUGUUGGACAGGGUGUUCAACCCUGAGGGGAAGGCUCUGCCACCACUGAGAGGGUUCAAGUACACUAGCUGGUCCCCCGUGGGCUGUGACGCUAAUGGCAGGUGCCUCUUGGCCGCACUGACCAUGGACAAUCGCCUGACCAUCCAGGCUAACCUCAACAGACUGCAGUGGGUCCAGCUGGUGGAUCUGACAGAGAUUUAUGGAGAGCGUCUCUAUGAGACCAGCUACAGGUUCUCCAGAAAUGAGGCCCCGGAGGGCAAUCUCAGGGAUUUCACUGAGUUUCAGAGGCGUCACAGCAUGCAGGCGCCAGUCCGGAUGGAGUGGUCAGGCAUCUGUACCACCCAGCAGGUCAAGCACAACAAUGAGUGCCGCGACGUGGGCAGCGUGCUCCUGGCUGUCCUCUUUGAAAAUGGGAACAUUGCCGUGUGGCAAUUCCAGCUCCCGUUUGUAGGAAAGGAGUCUAUUUCUUCAUGCAACACGAUUGAGUCAGGAAUCAACUCUCCUAGUGUUUUGUUUUGGUGGGAAUACGAGCACAACAAUCGGAAAAUGAGUGGCCUUAUUGUGGGGAGUGCUUUUGGGCCUGUAAAAAUCCUUCCUGUCAAUCUUAAAGCAGUUAAAGGCUAUUUUACCUUGAGGCAGCCUGUCGUCUUGUGGAAAGAAACGGACCAGUUGCCAGUCCACAGCAUCAAGUGUGUGCCACUGUACCACCCUUACCAGAAGUGCAGCUGUAGCCUAGUGGUGGCCGCACGAGGAUCCUAUGUGUUUUGGUGUCUUCUCCUGAUCUCCAAAGCAGGUCUGAAUGUUCACAACUCUCAUGUCACAGGCCUGCACUCCCUGCCAAUCGUCUCCAUGACUGCCGACAAGCAGAAUGGGACGGUGUAUACCUGCUCCAGUGACGGCAAGGUGAGGCAACUGAUCCCCAUUUUCACAGAUGUGGCGUUGAAGUUUGAGCACCAGCUGAUUAAACUCUCCGAUGUGUUUGGCUCCGUGAGGACACAUGGGAUAGCCGUGAGCCCCUGCGGCGCGUACCUGGCCGUCAUCACCACUGAGGGCAUGGUCAACGGCCUCCAUCCCGUUAACAAAAACUACCAGGUUCAGUUCGUUACUCUCAAAACCUUUGAAGAGGCAGCUGCUCAGCUUCUGGAGUCUUCUGUCCAGAAUCUCUUCAAGCAGGUAGAUUUAAUAGACCUAGUACGCUGGAAGAUUUUAAAGGAUAAGCAUAUCCCUCAAUUUUUACAUGAAGCUUUGGAAAAAAAGAUCGAAAGCAGUGGGGCCACCUAUUACUGGCGUUUCAAGCUCUUCCUCCUGAGGAUUUUAUACCAGUCAAUGCAGAAAACCCCUUCAGAAGCCUUAUGUAAACCCACUCAUGAGGACUCAAAAAUCUUACUAGUUGACUCACCUGGGACGGGCAAUGCUGAGGAUGAACAGCAGGAGGAAGGCACUUCUUCCAAACAGAUUAGUAAGCAAGGCAAAGACGGUGAUCCAGAGGACCCCACAGAGGACUCACUCCCUCAAUCUGGGGAUACUGGAGGCCGAGAGCCAAUGGAAGAGAAACUCCUUGAAAUCCAGGGAAAAAUUGAAGCAGUGGAAAUGCACUUGACGAGGGAGCACAUGAAGCGAGUCCUGGGCGAAGUGUACCUACACACCUGGAUCACAGAAAACACUAGCAUCCCCACCAGGGGACUCUGUAACUUUCUGAUGUCUGACGAGGAGUAUGAUGACAGAACCGCACGGGUGCUGAUUGGACACAUCUCAAAGAAGAUGAACAAGCAGACCUUCCCUGAGCACUGUAGUUUGUGUAAAGAGAUCUUGCCCUUCACAGAUCGCAAGCAGGCCGUCUGCUCCAAUGGCCACAUUUGGCUCCGGUGCUUUUUAACCUACCAGUCCUGCCAGAGUUUGAUAUACAGACGGUGUUUGCUCCAUGACAGCAUCGCUCGCCAUCCAAUUCCAGAAGACCCUGACUGGAUCAAGAGGUUACUACAAAGCCCCUGCCCUUUCUGCGACUCUCCUGUCUUCUGAGUGUCCGUGGUGGGAAGACAGAGUGUCGUCCAGCCCGAAGAGCUGGGACACGCUGGCGCAAGCCUGGCCUCCACAAGUGGAAAGGUGCCCUUGUGAUGGUCAGUAAGCCUGGGAACUCCCUGCUGAAGUGUGUCCUCCAUCUCCAGGGACUACAGGAUAUCUGUAAAGUGGCUGUGUGCAGAGAUCCUAAGUCAUUUUGAGAUGAACGUUAGCCCCCACUCCUUACCACUUAUUUUUCAAGUGUUGAAGUGUCUUGACUAGAGCAGUUGGGACACAACAGAUGCCCUGUUGUUUCCUAACAGAGUGACCUCUUCUAGGGAGUGUGGGUGAGGGCCUCGCUGGGCGAAUUGGGUGUUAAUCCUGGCCAAGUGACUCCAGGAGGCUUUAGUUGCCGGGUGCAUGGCACACAGUGUCCAGCAGAUACUCAGAUGUCUAACACAAUAUGUGGGCCUGAUAUUUUGUUCUCAACAAAUAGCUUCAGAUCUGCAUCCCACCAGUUUUUUUUCGUGCGUAUUGAAACCAUUUUCUUAAAACUAUAUAUUUUUAAGAGGUUAAAGCCAAGACUAAAGUUAGUUGUAAUGUGUCGGAAGAUCAGGUGACUCUUGUAAUUGUGACUUAUUUUUUAACGAUCUCUCCCGUGUUGUCAGUUCUGCCCCAACUCCUCCAUGUAUAUGAGGGUGUCAUAGUAUUCCCGUUCACCUGCCUCACACCUCUCAUCAGACUUAACUGUGCUGACCAGGUGAGAUGUUUGUACAUAGAGGAAAAAGAAUAUUUUCUCCUUUAUUUUCUCCUAGUAUUAAAACCCUUACUAUUUUUCAUGUUGACAUGUCCAGACGUCUCAUUUCUAUCCCAAGUCUGUCUAGAGACUUCUAGAGAGAGCUGGACAGCUCAGAAUGUGGACCCUUGAGCCUUGGUGCUAUGGUGUAUGUGGCUGGGUCGACCAGAGCCUGGGAAUGCCUUCUCUCUACAAAGAUCCUUGAUAUUUAUAACACAGGUAUUUUUCUGUGGGCUGUUAAGAGAUGUUAAACUUUAAUUGGUCUUAAAACCUGAAAUCAAAAAUAGACAUUCUAGAAGUACAGUGUUCUUGGAUUUUUAAAUAAGUAUCUGAGGGAUUGGUGCUAAUUAACAGGACUGUAAUGCCCGCACCUUGAAAAGGUGCGUAUUUCUGAGAAGUUGAAUAGGAAAUACAAAAUGUGAAAUUUAACUCAUACUAACACUUCUUCCUGCUUUCAUUUUUGUAUCCUUAGUGAAAGACUUGCCCUCGCCGAGUAGUUGUUCUUGUUCAGUCUCUCAGUCAUGUCUGACUCUUUGCGACCCCACCGACUGCAGCCCGCCAGGCUCCUCUGUCCUCCACUAUCUCCCAGAGGUGACUUGCUGAGAAACGCUUGUUCUUUGGAGAGCGUGUAACACAAGCACUGCUCCCACCUGUUGUGUUUCCCUCCUAGUAUCUAACCCCUCUGUCCAUACAUAUUGGAGAUGAGCCUUUAUGAGGCAUUUCCAAACAGUCUGCUUGGAAAUGUCUUUUGUUUCCUAUUCAAAUUUUUGUCUCCUGUGUUUAAUUCUGUAUUUCUGCUGCAGUUUCAUUCUGCUGGUGUCUUCCGCUUGUCUUUCUCCUUUUGGUGGCAAUUUCAAGAGGAGUGUUUGUCCAGACUUCAGGGUCCACCAUGUUCAAUUGAUUGUCAAGAGAAAGAGAGCUAGGAAGCAUUAAGAUCAUGAAGAGCACAACCCAGAAAGUUGUAGCCUUUACAGCAAAGAUGACAGUAAAAAUUGAGAUCCUAUCAAGGCGUUACUGUGGUCCAUAUAGUCAUAGUGUGCCUGUGAGCUCAGUCACUUCAGUCGUGUCCAACUCUUUGAGACCCCAGGGAAGCCUCAUAGCAUGCUUAGUUUCACUUAUUUUUUUGGUCCUUGGACUGCAAGAUCAAACCAGUCAAUCUUAAAAGAAAUCAAUCCUGAAUAUUCAUUAGAAGGACUGAUGCUGAAGCUCCAAUACUUUGGCCACUUGAUGUGAAGAGCUGAUUCAUUAGAAAAGACCCUGAUGCUGGGAAAGAUUGAAGGCAGGAGGAGAAGGGGACGACAGAGGAUGAGAUGGUUGGAUGGCAUCACUGACUCAAUGGACAUGAGUUUGAGCAGGCUCUGGGAGAUGGUGAAGGACAGGAAAGCCUAGCGUGCUGCAGUCCAUGGGGUCCCAAAGAGUCAGACAUGACUGAGGGACUGAGCAACAACAAGAAGUCAGAGUUAGUACUUGUUUUGUUUUUACUGGGGAACUUUGUGGUGCUGCCAUUUAAAACAUAUAUUAAGUUUUUAUUGAAAUCUAUUGUGCAUUUGGGGGGAAAUUUUGACUCUUAGGAGUGAACUUUAAAAGGGUUGCCUGAGUUAUUCUGUAUAUCUGUAGGGGUAAACUUGGCAACUAUUUUACUGGAACAUGGCUUCUCUGUACAGGGGCUCUGCCCAAUGGCAUUCUUAAAGACUCUGAAGUCCAGCUAACACCUGCCUCAGCCUAAACUUCUGCACACUGACUCAGGAGCCCUCCCCUGUGUCCUUACCCCUCCCCUCCUCCAUGGAGGUUAUUAAUCCAUUGACCUGUGAGGAUGAGAGGUGACUGAGUUAAUGGCAGCAUCGCAGACAUAGUACCCUUCUAAUGUCCUAAACGUCAGCUCACAUGGUGACAGUGCUGAGCAGAGAAGCCCUGGAAGAGUGGGCGGGACACCAGGAGUCUUCAGACUGGCCGUCUCUCCUGGUUUACACGUGCCAUACCUCUCUUCCAUCCUGAAAUGUCCCCGGCCUGGAUGGUGUAUUUCAAGUUAAUUUCAGCUGUCACUGCUCUAUAGGCGUGGAUGCAGUGGCAGUGAUGCUGCCGCCCUGUGUGACGGUGCAGAAGCAAAGGUUCUCCAGGGCUGGACCUUUUAAGCCAGGGCAGCACUGCAUUUUGGUAACCUGAUAUCCACACCUGUGUCACAUCUUCCCUGCCCAAGGUUAAUUUGUUCCCAUUAUCCUAGAUAAGAAAUUGAUAGCUUGUUAGGCUUGAUAUUCAUUCUGAAAUCCUCCUGUGUCCACGACCCAGACUUCAAGCCAUCUCUGCCUGCUAUCAUAUCUGCCAAAACUACCAAUUAUUUUUCAAUGUCAGAAGUUAUUAGAAGCACUGGCGAAGCUCAUGGUGGAUGUGACAUUUUUCUGCUUCUCCCUCUAGGAAGCUUUUGAGAAUGUUAAUGUUGGGCGUGGGGACUAGACCUGUUACCAGCCGUCAUCAGUUAAUUAGCUUAAAAGAAUGUCAAGGGAUAAUAAUUAAAUAUUAAAAUAUAUUCUGUUGUAAUUGUGAUGGUGUCAGCUAAGAUGCAGAAGAAAUCAAGGCUCAUGGGUCUUGUCAGGAAGAACAUGGAGCUGCAUUUAUGGAGUCCCCACUCCCUGGGCAGCGCAGAACCAUGUCAGGCGAGUUGCCAGGCUCGCAGAGUGAAAGGAGGAGCUGCUGUCAGUGUCCGACUUCCACAGGUCCGUCUGUGCAUCCCCGCUGUUCCUGACCCCUCACUGCCUUGCCCCUCCUUCCAGGAGAGGCCCUGUUUCCAUCCCUCUUGUUCUCUCAGCCUUAGGACACAAAGUUAGGUUUGUGAUAAAACUUAUAAAAACUACAUUCCUAAAAGGCCUCCCUUCCUAUAAGAAAGUAUUAAACAGUAGUUUUUCUUGCUGAAGGUAAUAUAAUAGUGUUAGCUGUUAAGAGCUCAAUAAACUGUAUCUGAUUUUUUCCUCAAAGUCUCCCUGUUGGAGUGCCCAGCACCUCCAGACUGGAUUCCAGGCAGAGUGGACUGCAUUUCAGCUCCCUGUCACCCCCGCUCUGCCUCCCACAUCAGUUAGUCCAGAUAAGCAGAAAUUCAGGUUAUAUUCCAGGUCAGCAGGCCUCAAAUUUUUAAGCAAAAGGUAGAUUUUGCCCCUUUUUUUUCAUUUUAGAGAUUGGACAGCACAGAUAGCAAAGAGCUGGAUAGAUAAAUGCAUUUCUUUAUGCUAGCCUGCCAUGGGCUGUGGAGUGUGAACACCUCCGUGCACUCUCCUACUGCUCCCUAUGUGGGUGGAGCUCAGCAGGGCUGGUCACCACACAGUGGCUUGAGCAUCUAGCCUCCCGCUCAACACUGUUGGACUGUUAAAAUGCCUCUAACGGAGCUCAAGUGAAGCGCUUGCAUUUCAGCUCUCAGUGGAAGCAUCACCUGGCAGCUGCAAGCAGAGUUUUGGGCCAUGUCUCUCUCAAGUCUCAUAGGUAUUGAGUUUUUGCACUGCUUGUUCUUGACCCUAAAAGAAGUUUUUGGAGCUAAGAUCUUCAUGUCUGCUGUUCAAACUGAUGUUAGAGUGCAUGCAAUUUGACUGUCAUAUUGAAUUAGGGCUUCCCUGGUGGUUCAGUCAGUAAAGAAUCUGCCUGCAAUGCAGGAGACUUGGGUUCAGUCCCUGGGUUGGGAAGAUCCUUGGUUGGGAGGAGGGCAUGGCAACCCACUCCAGUACUCUUGCCUGGAGAAUCCCCAUGGACAGAGGAGCCUGGCGGGCUGCAGUCCAUGGGGUCGCAAAGAGUUGGACAUGACUGAGCGACUAAGCACAGCACAGCACAUAUUGAAUUAAGUCAGAUUUGCAGAGUUGCUUCUAAUGACCACUCACCACAGGAUCACGGUUUUAACAUCCAUCCCCCCACCCCCCACAGCCUCUUUUGAUUAGGUGAUUCAGCUUUUCUUGUCUUGCUUUUUUUUUUAAGUUGUAACUAUACUCCAGGGGAGAGACUUAAUAUAGGAUCUGAGAUCCUAGACAGUGAGCUUAUUUAUCACAGUAUUAGUGGCUUCCCUGCAUGGUGUUCAUUCGUUCAUUCCAGGCUUGGGAGGAGCCGCAAAGCAGGGAAUGAUGGUACUUUCAUACUGAUAUGAUAAAGUGAAGGUGCAGGCUCUCUAGUGGAAAUACUGUUAAUGAGUUGGCUGGAUUGAAUUUCAAAACUCUAAAUAACUUGUAAUUUUUUCUAAGGUAAAAACUUGCUUAUGUCACUAUCAUGAGAUCCUGGUAGCUUCAUAAAAAGGUCCCAUGAAGUGGUCUCAUUGGAUGGUAUAAGAGGUGGUGGCUUUGAAGCAUUUUGUAUUUUAUCAGUUUGACAUUUGGAUAAUAGAUUGGUGAGAUCAAGGGUGUUCUGUUUUUGGUACUAAUGCAAAAUUAAAUGCAAAAAUGAAUUAUGACUUUUUAAAGACUGUGACACAGAUUUGUACUUCAGUGUAUGAAAGGAAAGUGAAUAUCAAAUUUGUGUAUACAGAAAUAAGACUAUAGGAAAAUAAGUCUGUGUUGUGUAUAGUGGUAUAUAUUUUAUGUUUAUCCUAUGCCUGUGCUAUCUUUGUGCUUGGCUUCAAACUAUGUGUUUGUUUACAUGCAAUAUUUUUUGAAAUAAAAAGAACAGGCAUCCAAAAACUUGGGUUAUAGAAAGGAGACUUUAAAAUUCUUACCAUCUGACUAGGUGGUGUGUUUUAGACUUUUAGCGUGUAAGUAAAACAGCCUUGAGACUGAAUAGCACAUUUUGUUUGGAAUACCCCCAUCCAGAGGAAUCCACUGCUUCUCUGCACUGUACAUAUGUACAUAGUGUCCACUAUUAGAUUGUAAGCUCCUCGAGGGCAGGAACCGUCAUCUCGUCUUGGGAGUUCCUGCAGCGCUGAGUGUGAAGUGCCUUGCACAGUGUAGGUGCUGGUGACACAGAGGAGUGAGCAGCUUCCUGCUACCUUGAUGACGAAGCUUGGUUUACUUUCUCCACUGUGUUGAGAACUGCAAAGUACUAAUGAUGGGAAGAGGGCAAAAUCUUUUCUUGGAUUUCAGCUGGGUCUCCUGAGCUGAAGCAGACCAUACUGUCUCCUUGGCACUAGUCAUCUUCUUGCUCUGAAGAUAUACUAAGUGUCCUGAGCUUUUAUACGAUAAAAGGGCAGAGGUCUCUGGGCAGAGUUUGAAGUGGGAAAGAUUAUAGAGAAAAUGAAGUGGAAAUUUUGGAGGGUGUUUGUCAAAUUCAGUCCUGUGGGGCAAUCUUACUUCAGUUAUUACUAAAGGAAAGGAUAGCUGAAUUGCUACUCUUUCUUUACCAGUUAGCUGGUUGGCCAAUUUUCCAGUUACUGAAGAUCAUUGUUUUUUUUUUUUUUUAACUUUUUCCCAUUUUGGAUUCCCCCCUCAAUUGCUCUUUAUGAUUCUAGUACUUAGAGUUUAUUAAAGUUGCUGUGAAUAUCCAGUGCUGUACAUAAUGGCAGUUUUGUAAAUGUGAAAUAACCUCAAUUAUGUUGUGUUUUGUAUGCAGAGCCACUAGUAUUGUUAUCUUGGCCACUUUUUUUAUUCAAAAUAAAUAAAAUAAUCAAGUUAUUUGUA